AUUUGCUGCGCACACUCCCGCGCGUUCCCUUUGUGUUAUUUUCGGGCAGAAUCACCGUUCAAAGCUUUAAAUAGGACCGACUUUCCGACAAAGAAGGUAGUUUGCAACAUCGUUUCUACAUGCUGGAACAUCGCAGAAUAUUCACCAUGCCUUCCGAAUGCAUCGCCAAUCCAUUGCAGCGUGAGUUGGCCGAUGCCAUUAUUCGGUUACAAUCGCUCGACGAGAUUCGAAUCUUACUGGCGUGCGGGGCAAAGGUGAACGAGCCUGUGACCCAAGGCCUGAGACCGUUACAUUACGCGGUAUGGCAGAGGUACACAGAGGCGGCCCAGCUGUUGUUGGUACGUGGCGCGGACAUCGAUGCGACCGACGAAUGUGGCUAUUCGGCAUUGCAUCUUGCCGCCGAGCACGGUUACUUCGAUUUGGUCAAAUUGUUGCUUGAGCAGGGUGCAAAAGUCGAUCAUAGAGAGGAAACGGGAGAACUCUUUCCAAGGACAACGUUGUGCGACGAACCGUUGCGGCUCGCUUUGAGAAAUCGACACGUCGAAGUGGCCAGAAUCCUGCUGGAAGCCGGCGCGAAUCCGAACAAAAGGUACUUCUUCGGAUCGGAGAUUAAUCUAGUCUCUCCGGUGGAUCUACAAUGCAUGGAAUUAUUAUUAGCUUUCGGGGCUCAACCGAAUACACGAGACCGUGCUGGGCUGACGCCAUUGAUGAAAGCAGCAAGGCUGCCUCAGGGCAUAGCUUCUGUGCUGCUUCUGUUGAGCUACGGGGCGGACGUUAACUCGAUGGCUGACGUGCGACACGACUACCGGACCGUCCUCCAUUAUGCGAUCCUAGGCGGUGAUCCGACGGUUAUCGAUUUGUUGUUGAAGCAAGGCGCUCGACUCGACCUUGGUCCCGAAUAUCAGAAACCGACGGCUCUCGAUCUGGCGAUACUGAAAGGAGAUCCCUCGAUCGUUCAAAAACUGUUGGAAUCGGGCGCUGACGUAAAUGCUACUUCGCCAAUCAUUGGCUCGCCCCUUCACGUUGCUUGCGCGGACAACAUUCCGAACAGAUUGGAGAUUUUAUCGAUGUUGUUGGAGCGAGGAGCGGACCCGAACUUGGUGAUACGUAGCGACGAAGGGCCGGCAUUGCGGCCAGUUCUCGCCGAGUAUGUCGCUUCGAACGAGAAUCCGUCGGUAGAGGUGGUAGCCCUGUUGCUUAAAUAUGGCGCACGAGUUGUCAUCAAGACGCAGUUCCGCGAUCCUCACGGCAUACUGAACUCUCUCCAGAACACGGCGGAUAAGCCACGGUUGCUCAAGGCGUUGUUGGAAGCGGCGGAAAGUUUCGAUCCUUGCAUGAUAAGACGAUCGAGCAGUUUGACAGACGCGCAAAAAGAACUUGUGAUGGAAGCGGCGCGAACACCGUUGCCUCUGACCCACCAAGCAAGAUUGAUAGUGCGCAAGCUUUGCGGCACCAAGUUGCCCAAGAUUGUACGAAAAUUACAGCUGCCUCAGUCGCUGCAUCGCUACCUUCUCUACGAUUUUCAUUGAGAUAAUUGAUAAUCGAUCGAGUUUUCGAAUGACGCCAGUGUUCCUUCUCCUUGCUCGUUCAACUGUCAACCGUUGACAUUCUCCUUCGUUAUCUCUUACUACACAGUAUUUAUUCGUUACACGCUCGUGCACCUUUUUUUAUAUGUAUAAUAUAUUGAAAUAAUAUUC